AUGCCGAUGCAAGUUCCCGGGUACCACACCAACACGCCGCUGGACCCCUCGUUUGACAAGGACACCCGCGACCUCCACCUCGUGUACGACUACGACGUGAAGGAGGAGGACGGCCAGAAGCAGAUGAUCACCACCAUGUGCGCGUUCUCCAAGGGGCACUGGGAGCAUAGCGAGGAAGCGCACGGUGACAAGCGUAACCCCGGGGACUUUGCCCGCUGCGCCAAGAUCCUGGAAAACUUCCGAGGCCCGGGCGACCUCGUGCCCAUUGCCUCCGAUGCCGAGACGCUGUAG